CGAAAGUAAAGGGGAGCAGCAGCGCUGUAGGAGGAGAAGGAGAGACGGAGGGAGAGAGAGAGAACUUACACAGUAACAGAGACUUUAUUCCACACGUCAUAAUCUGAAAAAUAUUUCUGAGUUGGCUUGGCUACAUCAAUGGAAAUAAUAUGUACAAACAAAACUCAGUCAGGCUGUGUUCUGUGAUGAACUGACAGACCAACGAGUCUCUGAUGAUGCAGUAUCCUCUCCAAGGAAUGAUGUUUCUCUGUGUGAUGCUACUGAUUUUCUCUGGGUUUAUGGAGACCACAUCAGAGAACUUUAAGGUAGUUGGUCCAGCUGCUCCUCUUGUUGUUGAAGCUGGUGAAGAUCUGGUUCUGCCCUGUUCUCUCCAACCCAACAUCAGUGCUGUGGAUAUGAUGGUGGAGUGGAUCAGAACAGAUCAGACUGAAACUAAUAGAUUAGUUCAUAUGUAUGAAGACCAUAAAGACACAAAUGAUAAGCAGAUUAAGUCAUACAGAGGAAGAACAGCUCUGUUUAAAACUGAACUGCAGAAAGGAAACACCUCCCUGAAACUCUCAGCAGUGCAACCUUCUGAUGGAGGAGUUUAUCAGUGUGCCAUUAAAUCAGAGUCCUGGUUUGAUGACAUCCUUGUUCAUGUUGAAGUCAAAAGAAAAGGUUUUCAUGCUUGGAAGAUUGCUAUCAUCUGCAUGUCAGUCUUUGCCAUUAUGUUAACGGCCUUCACAGCUUACAUCUUGAAAGAUAAAUCCUCUAAAAAACAGCUUUCUCCUACACAAUGUUCAGUCAUAAACUAUAUGCGUGUCCAGUCAAAAAAUAUGAAGGAAGAACUGAACCUGAAGAGAUUCAACACAUCAGAAGAAGGAUACAGAAGACUCAUCCCAGCUAUCACAAACUGCAGAAAGGCUCAAUUUGCUGGCUGUAACUUCACUGCACAGUCCCUUGAAAUUUUGAGUACAGCUCUACAAACAGAAAAUUCCUCUGUAAAAGAGCUGGACCUCAGUAAUAAUGACCUUCAGGAUGCAGAAGUGGAAAAGCUCUCUGCUGGUCUCAAGAGUUCACACUGUAAAUUGGAGAUAAUCAGAAUUGCUAUGUGUAAACUCAGCGCACAGUCCUGUAACACACUGCAGUCAGUUUUACAAACAGAAACCUCCUGCCUGAAAGACAUAGACCUCAGUAAUAAUGACCUGCAGGAUGCAGGAGUGGAGAAUCUCUCUGCAGGAUUGAAAAGUUCAUACUGUAAACUGGAGAUACUCAGACUUGCUAUGUGUAAACUCAGUGCACAGUCCUGUAACACACUGCAGUCAGUUUUACAAACAGAAACCUCCUGCCUGAAAGACAUAGACCUCAGUAACAAUGACUUGUAUGAUUUAGGAGUGGAAAACCUCACUGUUGGAUUGAACAGUUCAAACUGCAAACUGCAAAUACUAAGAUUGUCUGGUUGUAUGAUCACAGAGAAAGCCUGUUCUUCUCUGGCUUCAGCUCUGAGUUCAAACCGGUCACACCUGAAAGAACUGGAUCUGACCUACAAUCACCCAGGAGAGUCAGGAGUAAAGGUACUCUCUGCUAGACUGGAGGAUCCACAAUGCACACUAAGUACUCUCAGGGUGGACCAUGGAGGGACAAUCAGGAUGAAACCAGGACUGAAGAAAUAUUCCUGUAAGCUCACUCUGGAUCCAAACACAGCACACAUACUUCUCUCUCUGUCUGAUGGGAACAGAAAGGUGCUGUUGGCGAAUGAGCAGCAGCCGUAUUCUGAUUUUCCAGAGAGAUUUGUUCAUCAUCCACAAGUACUGUGCAGAGAGAGACUGACUGGACGACAUUACUGGGAGGCAGAGUGGGAUUUGUGGGUUGCUGUAACAGUGACUUAUAAAACAAUUGGCAGGAAAGGAGAUACUGACAGUAUGUUUGGAUACAGUAGAAAUUCCUGGUGUCUAGUCUGCAGAAAUGAAAAUUAUAUUGUCCGACACAAUAACAAACACAUCUACAUUCCUAGGCCCCCGUCAAACAGAGUAGGAGUGUAUGUGGACUAUCCAGCUGGCACUCUGUCCUUCUAUAGCAUCUCCUCUGAUACACACACACUGACACACCUACACACAUUCAGAACCACAUUCACUGAACCGCUUUAUGCAGCGUUUGGGUUUUGGCUUUUACUUCCUGACUCCUCGGUGUGUUUAUGUGAGAUAGAAUAACCUUCCACAUGUGUGUUAAAUAGCUUAAAGAUUUUAAAGCUUAAUUGUUUGCCCUCCAGUUGGUGUCCCCAUUGAGUGUGCAUUUGAGAGAUGUCCACAGUUUUAUUUUUAUUUAGGCAAGUGCAAACAUGCGCACGCACAC